AUGAUUUUUAAUCUACUUCGAAUACACCAAACCAAAGCGCUUCACUGUUACAUUUUAAUGACCCUGUGGAUCCUGCUGAUAGUAGUGGGAAUCUACAAGUUUUUAGAAUCUAAGCAAAAACUAACCGAGACCGAAGUCUCAUCGGCAUCUUACACCAAUCUAGCUUUAGACGCGAAAACGAAGAGGAUAUUUCGAAUAUGCAACUUCCCCGAAGACAUUUCCACCGGGGACGAAGGAGCCAUAAGGGGGAGUAAAUGGUAUCUCAAAGGUUUGAUAAUUUUACUUAGGCACGGUGAUAGAGGACCACUUCAGCACAUCAAGAAAAUAUCCUCUAUAAAUUGCGGUACAGAAAAUAGCGAGAUUUUAUCAUCGUAUAAGGCAUAUUUGCGCAAUCAAUCGUUACCUGGAAAAGUCUCCUGGGCAGGUCCGGGGCCUUUUCACAAUUUCCCGUUUCUUCCAGUUCAUCCGACUCAGUGCCAUUUAGGUCAAUUGACGAUGCAAGGUAUAUUUCAAUUGUUAAAACUAGGCAAUUUGUUAAAAAGCAACUACGAGGAUAUUUGGGCGAAAUUAUCGACUCUAAAACCUAGUGAAGUAUUAGUCUACAGCACGCGUUACCGUAGAACCUUCCAAUCGGUAUUGGCCUUCUUGUUUGGUUUCAUUCCAUCGGAUGUUCUCGAGAAAAUUAGCAUACACGAGAGUCAAAGUAUGAGUUUCUGUUUCAAGGAUUGUGGUUGCCCCAUCACAGAGAAACUAUACAGGAACGUGAAAAAGAGUAUAUCGCAGCAAUUGCAGUCUCAUCCUGCUGUUGCAGCCCUCGCCGAAUCCACCGGUUCUACUCUAUUUUCAAUCAACGGAGAAUCCACAGCCACCAAUGCAGAUCCGCAUUUCAUUAGAGAUGCUCUACUGACGUUCGUUUGCCACAGGAACGGGUUGCCUUGUGACUCUCCUGUGAAUUGCAUUAGACGACAAAACGUUGUCGGGAUAUUCACCUACACGGACUGGAUAAACUACCAGAAAUGGAGAGACCGUAAUUGGAAAAGGUACUGCUUGUUGAAAUCGUACGGUCUAAUACGACACAUUGUCCAACAGAUGCUGCAAAUGGUAUCCGAUAACGGCCCUUACCUAGUGGUGUAUUCGGGCCACGACCACACUUUGGAGCAGUUGAGCUGCGCGCUGGGCCUGCCGAACGAUCCGUUUCUGUUGAGGUACGCGGCCCGCAUCGCGAUCGAGAUAUACCAAGAGAACGAGGAUUACCUCGCGAACAAUCGAGGCAUUUACUUCAGGGUGCUUUCGAACGGUGUGGACGUUACGAGGCAGAUCGGUUUUUGCAGGAACACGGUCAGUGUUAGCGCGAGAGUUUAUUUGUGCAAAAUGGAGGAUAUCGUGCGGUUUUUGCACGACGAUUAUUUCAGUACGUUGAAUGUUACCAAUUUCAAAGACGCUUGUUUGCGGUGA